GUACAAUAAAAUAUCAGCUUAGAAUAAAAAGUCUUAACUUAGAAAUAAACGUUUGUUCUUCAGUAUUUAUUUUUUGAUUGACUUAAUACGUACGGCUGUUAAUUAUGAGUUCAAGGAGUUCAAAUUCGCGGAUCGCUUGCGUGAUGGUGGGACUUCCCGCUCGUGGUAAAACUUACAUUGCGCAAAAAGUAUGCCGAUAUCUUCAAUGGCUAUGCGUCUCGACAAAAGUUUUUAAUGUUGGCAAUUAUCGUCGCAAACUUCACGGUGCGCAUCAGAUGCAUUCGUUUUUCGACCCCAGCAAUGAGGCAGGCGAGAUUGCGCGUAAGGAAGCAGCAGCAGAAGCUCUUAAAGACAUGUUAAGGUGGUUUGAAGAUGAGAACGGUACAGUAGCCAUAUUUGAUGCUACAAAUUCCACUCGGGAUAGACGUUCCUUCCUUUUAAAUCAUUGUAAGAAACAUGAUAUUCAGGUCAUAUUUAUUGAGUCAGUCUGUCAAGAUGAGGAUCUCAUCUUGCAAAAUAUAAUGGAAGUAAAGUUGUCGUCUCCCGAUUAUAAGGAUAUGGAUCCUGAAAGAGCAGCUGAAGAUUUUCGUGCUAGAAUUUCUCAUUAUAAAGAAGCAUAUGAAACUAUCACGGAAAGCGACUAUACUUAUAUCAAACUCGUCAAUGUUGGAAGUCAAGUCGUGAUUAAUAUGAUUCAAGGGUACUUACAGAGUCGAAUCGUUUAUUAUUUGAUGAAUUUACACAUUUUGCCUAGAAGUAUUUUCUUUAGUAGGCAUGGAGAGAGCAUCUUUAAUCUAAUGGGCAAAAUUGGCGGUGAUUCCGACCUAUCACCACGUGGUCGCAAAUAUGCGAAUGCAUUACCCAAACUAAUUCAUGAACAUUUGGGUGACCAACCAUUGACAGUCUGGACAUCCACAAUGAAGAGAACAAUACAAACCGCCGAACAACUGCCAUACCCAAAAUUACAAUGGAAGGCAUUAGAUGAGUUGGAUGCAGGAGUCUGUGAUGGAAUGACAUAUGAAGAAAUUGAGAAAAAAUACCCUGAAGAUUAUGCUAACCGAGAUGAUGAUAAAUUUAAUUACCGAUAUCGAGGUGGUGAGUCUUACCGAGAUGUUGUCCUUCGAUUGGAGCCAGUGAUAAUGGAACUUGAAAGACAACAAAAUAUUCUGAUAAUUGGACAUCAGGCUAUUCUUAGAUGCAUCUACGCAUAUUUCCACAACAAUCCUCAUGACGAAUUGCCAUAUAUUAAGAUUCCUCUACAUACAAUAAUUAAAUUAACUCCAAAAGCAUACGGAUGUGCAGAAAUCAAAUACAAAGUUGAUAUCGACGCGGUGGAUACUCAUAGACCUAAACCUCAACCAAAAUCGGCAAAGCAAGUAGUCAAUGGCAGGUCUUCAAUCGCAAGCUCCAAUCCACUAACAAAUGUUGCAAGUUAAUUUCGUGCACUAGUUGAAUAAUUUGGGAGGGCAAACUUGUAUAGGGUUAUAAAUAUUUAAUAAUCAUUAUUAUUAUUAUUUCAUUAUUUUUAAUAAUUAUUCCUAUUAUGAAUCUUCUACUUUCAAUCAUAUGAGGUAAGAAUGCGGACUCCGCAUUUUGGAAAGAGAAGAUCGAAGAAACGU